UUCUAUAAAAAGAAAAUGUGUAUUUUGGGUGGAAUUUCUUAGCAAAAUAAAACAAAAUGCAAUAGCAUCUGAUAACAGAAGCACAUGUAUACAGCUAAACGUUAUGACCAUUUACAACAUUUAAAGCUCUAUAUAACAACAUUGUUUUUGACAAUGAGAUUCAAAUAUCUAUGUGUCAAAACAAUUAGGAGAGGAAAACAUCUAUUACAGUUUUCAAACAAUUUACAUGGACAACAAAGCAGGCAACAAAAAAGUCUCUUACCAGUAGGAGGAGCUCUCAACAUGUCUUAGUUUAACUAGACGACUGCUGUAGGGACUAAUAGCAUGGUUUUGCUUGCAUAGACAUACAUUGCUUUUUCUAUUUGAAAUGCACAAAAAAGGUCUUAACAUGUUUAAGCAAUGUUCUUUUCUUAAUAUUUGUCAUCUUUCUGAAACUGUUGCACACAAAUUCAAGAUUAUUGGAUAAUGAGACCCUAAAAUAUAAAAUAAUUUUAAUAGAAUGUAUACAUGCAAUACAUGAUAUUAUGACUGCUUUUUUUGGAAAAUGCAUUUAUUGUAUUGAGUGCAGUUAGUUUGGGAAAGUUGUUGACAUGGGCCACAUUAAACAUUUAGAUGCUACAUGAGCAUGGUGAAACAGUAAGAGAGAGAGACUGAGAGGGCGAGUGUGUUCAUUGCUGAUCCGGGAGCUCAGAUAAAGCCGACAGUGUGUGUGUCCAACCUGAAACAGGUUUUCCCACAAUAGGAGCUCUCCACCCCAUCCUGGUUGGACUUUAAAAGCCCAGCCCCUCCACAGAGAGACACCCGUUGCACUCAGGUCUGCUCACCUGUUCUCAUCUGAAACAUCUGCUAUUGCAGUUCAGUUUCUCUCGUUAUUAUCCAACUAUGAGUCUGAGAAACAAACGCAUCAGUUCCAGCAGUUCCAUGAGGAGCAGCGGGAAGAUGGGAGGUUUUGGCUACAGCAGUCUCAGUGGGGUCUCCCUGGGCGCAUCUGCUCCAAGCUUCAGCACCAGCUCGGCCUAUCUGGGCCCUCCUAUCACCAGCGUCUCCGUCAACAAGAGCCUGCUGGCACCCCUCAACCUGGAGAUCGACCCCAACAUCCAGAUGGUGCGCACUAAGGAAAAGGAGCAGAUCAAGUCGUUGAACAACCGCUUCGCCACCUUCAUUGAUAAGGUGCGCUUCUUGGAGCAGCAGAACAAGAUGCUGGAGACCAAGUGGGAGCUGCUGCAUAACCAGACCCCGGGCCGGUCCAACGUCGAGCCCAUGUUUGAGGCAUACAUGGCCAACCUGCGCAGACAGAUGGACGUGGUCAACAAUGACAGAACCAAGCUGGACGGAGAGCUGAGGAACAUGCAGGGUCUGGUGGAGGACUUCAAACACAAAUAUGAAGAUGAGAUCAACAAAAGGAACAACCUGGAGAAUGACUUUGUGAUUCUGAAAAAGGAUGUAGACUCUGCGUAUCUGGUGAAAGCUGAUUUGGAAGAUAAAGUUGGUGCCCUGACUGAUGAAAUCAACUUCCUGAGGACCAUCUACGAUGAGGAACUGCGUGAGCUGCAGGCCAGCAUUAAAGACACGUCCGUCAUCGUGCAGAUGGACAACUCGCGAAACCUUAACAUGGAUCAUAUUGUGGCCGAAGUCAAGGCUCAAUACGAGGAGAUCGCAGCCAAGAGCCGUGAAGAGGCUGAAUCCUGGUACAAAUCCAAGUUUGAUCAGAUGUCCUCUCAGGCCAGUCAGUACAACGAUGAACUGCGAAACACUAAAGGAGAGAUCGCAGAUAUCAACCGCAUGAUCAGCCGUCUGCAGAGCGAGAUCGAGGUUAUUAAAUCGCAGCGUGCGAACCUGGAGAACCAGAUAGCGGAGGCCGAGGAUCGUGGCGAGAUGACUGUGAAGGAUGCCAAAGGUCGUAUCAAGGACUUGGAGGAGGCGCUACAGAGAGCAAAGCAGGACAUGGCCCGCCAGCUCCGCGAGUACCAGGAGCUCAUGAAUGUCAAGUUGGCGCUGGACAUCGAGAUUGCCACCUACAGGAAGCUUCUGGAAGGCGAGGAGGACAGAAUUGGGCAGCAGCCCAUUGUGAACAUCCAGGCUGUUCCCAACUACAGUUCCAAAGGGGUGAAUGGUGUUCAGCAGAACAGCUCUCCAUCACCUAAAAUCCUGAUCAAGACUACUGAAACCAGAAACAGCACCAGAUUUAGCACUCACUGAAGUGUUAACCAUAAUCAAAAAUGCUAUACUAUAACUAUGACAGUUAACCUUUAAUAUAGAAGUAGUUUUCUUUUGUCUUUCUGUGAAUCAAUGGGAGGCAUCUGCAAUGAUUUAUUCUGAAAUAAAGAUCUUGUGCCCGAUUCAAAUACUAUAUAUAAACAUAUAUUCAAUAUAAAUACAAAAAAAAAUAAAUGACUAUAUAAUAUGAAAUUCUGGAAUUACUUAUUCUAUAGAAUUAAAGUUUUAUUAUUCAAUGAGAUAAAACCUGUAAAUGUGGUCAAUUUCUCUUGCACAAACAAAUCAUAAUCAUGUGCAGUGUGAACAAAGCCUUAAAAGACCUAAAAUAAAAUCAACCAAC